AUCCGCUACACUCAGCGACUGCACAAUUCUCCAUUCGGUGCUCUCUGAGUCUGCAACCGGCUCUGUGCAAACUUGGCCGUAUCCCCUCGCUUUUCAAUGUUUUCAUGCUCUGCUCGAUGUGCUCAUUGCAAUGCUGAAUUUGCUGAUCUCUCUCUCUCUCAAUCGCAUCGCUCUCUCUCUCAAAUCAUCUUCCAUAGUCAUAGCACGAUAAUCUCACUAUUGUAGGUUUUAGCCAUUACCCAACAGGUCCAGAACCUCAGAAACAACAAGAUUCCGCAUCUGACAACGCACGAGAAAUGGGUUGCGCACAGUCCAGAAUAGACAACGAAGAGUCGGUGUCGCGCUGCAAGGACCGCAAGAAUCUCAUCAAAGACGCUGUUAUAGCCCGAAACGCCUUCGCCGCAGGCCAUUCCGGCUACGCCGUGGCCUUAAAAGACACUGGGGCCGCGCUCAGCGACUACGGUCACGGGGAAGCCGAAGAGCUGCACCAGCAGCCGGUGGAGCCCACCACCUCACAACCCCCGCCACCGCCUCCGCCUCCCAUGGACAACUUUUUGCCACCUCCGCCGCUCCCGAACUUCUCCCCGAGUCCCGGCCCCGGCCCCGGCCCGAUGAAGCGAACCACGAGCUUGCCGGCUAUGCCGAUAAAGCCACGAAAAACCAGGGCCAUUGCCAUUGCCGAAGAAGAAGAAGAUGAAGAAGAGGAGGAAGGAGAAGAUGAUGACGAGAGUAAUAUCGGAAUAAAAAAUAACGUUAUUAUUGCAAAGGAUUCAAGAAAUGGGGCCGGGGAAGAGGUCCCACCACUGACACCAGAAAUGAAGGCGGUCCCUCCGAUGCCGGAAUCGAAGGGCAUGGCCUGGGAUUACUUUUUUAUGGUGGAGGAAAAUAUGCCCCCGGCGGGCCAGUCUUUAAACGAGAACGUUAGCUGUGAUAAUAUUAAUGAAGGCGCGGCAUUUGGUGAAGAAACCCAAAAUUUGGGCCCCAAUGGCAGUGAUCUGGUGGAGCCGAAGACGCCGGAGAGAGUGGAGGAGAGGGAGAAGCAAAUGGAGCGCACAAAGACUGCUCCGGAGGAGUUUAAGAGAGUUGGAAAGGCGGUGCCCAGUGUUAGUUUGAUGAAGGUAUUGAGUGAGCUUGACGAUCAUUUCUUGAAAGCCUCCCAGAGUGCACAGGAGGUCUCCAACAUGCUCGAGGCCACUCGCUUGCAUUACCACUCCAAUUUCGCAGAUAAUCGGGGACAUAUAGAUCAUUCUGAAAGGGUAAUGCGUGUUAUCACAUGGAAUAAAUCAUUCAGAGCUAUAGCAACUAGUGAGGGUGAGAAGGAUGACUUUGAUUCGGAAGAAAAUGAAACUCAUGCUACCGUUUUGGAUAAGUUGUUAGCAUGGGAAAAGAAACUUCAUCAAGAAGUCAAGCAAGGUGAGCUAAUGAAGCUUGAGUAUCAGAGGAAGGUUUCUCUGCUGAACAAGCAGAAGAAACGUAACGUGAGUGCUGAAUCCUUGGAAAAAACAAAAGCGGCGGUAAGUCAUUUGCAUACAAGAUAUAUAGUCGACAUGCAAUCAAUGGAUUCGACGGUUUUGGAAGUAAAUCGUUUACGUGAUGAGCAGUUGUACCCAAAGCUUGUUGAACUUGUUGAUGGGAUGGCCAAAAUGUGGGCAACUAUGCGUGCACAUCACAGCAACCAACUGAGACUUGUUACAGACCUGAAGUCCCUUGACAUUGCACAUGCUCCAAAGGAAACAACAAAACACCACCAUGACCGCACCAUACAACUUUGGAAUGUCGUUGAAAAGUGGCACUCGCAAUUUGAAAAACUUGCGACUCAUCAAAAACAAUACAUCCGAGCUCUUAACAGUUGGUUAAAAUUAAAUCUUAUCCCAAUUGAAAGCAGCUUAAAGGAAAAAAUCUCAUCACCACCAAGAGUCCAGCAUCCUCCAAUCCAAACUCUCCUCCAAUCGUGGCAUGACCAUCUUGAAAAGCUUCCAGAUGAACUUGUGAAAUCCGCAAUUGGCUCCUUUGCUGCUGUGAUUAAAACCAUAAUACUCCAUCAGGAGGAAGAGAUGAAACUAAAAGAGAAGUGCGAGGAGACCAGGAAGGAGUUCUUACGUAAAAACCAGGCAUUUGAGGAAUGGUACGAGAAAUAUAUGCAGCGGAGGGGGCCAGAUGAAAUGGAUCCUGAAAGAGGUGAAGAUGCAAAUCCCAAGGAUCCCAUCUCGGAGAAGAAAUUUGCAGUUGAGAGCUUGAAGAAGAGAUUGGAAGAGGAAGUUGAAUCUCACCAAACACAUUGUAUUCAGGUGAGAGAGAAGUCACUGGGUUGUCUCAAAACUCGUUUACCUGAGCUCUUCCGAGCCAUGUCAGGCUAUGCUCAUGCUUGUUCUGACACUUACGAGAAAGUGAGGUCUGUCACACAUUAUCAGAAAUCUGAUGUUGGUCCUACAGAAAGUGAGGUCCGUCACACAGUAUCAGAAAUCUGAUGUUGGUCCUACAUGAGUUUGAGUUUGUGUAAGGUCUAAAUUUUCUUAUGAAGUUUAUCUUAGCUUAAACACUUGUCAUCUUUGGUUUUCCAGACACUCUUAUUUAAGUUGGUGCUGUAAUUUUAUGAUCUUUGUUCUUGUGAGGAAAACGUUGCUGUUAUAUCUAUUUGAAUGUGCGUGUUGGAAGCUCUCCACGCAAGUAGUUGCACGG